AUGGCGGCUCCGAACCCGACCGGCGGCGCCGGCGAGGGCCUGCCGAUGCCCUCGCGCAACCCGCUCCCCUUAUCGGCAUCCCAGGAGGCGCAGAUCAGAGACAUCUACCACCAGCGUGUACGCAGCGCCUGUGCGCCCGAGAUCAAGGAUUGCGCUCUCAACAGGACAUUCACCGUGUCCUUCGUCUGCAGCGACCAGCUGCGCGCGAUGAACGGGUGCAUGAAGGCGCACGCCACGCCACAGAACCACGACGCCGCGCGAGAGGAGUGGUUCGCCAAAAGGCUCGAGAGGCAGCGCGAGCGCGAGCGCAAGGCCGUCAAGAAGUCACAGCAGGAGGACUUCAUCCGCGAGUGGUGGGGUCUGCCCGAGAAGGAUGCCGAGACGAGGAGGAAGGAGGAGGAGAAGAUGAGGAUGGCCGAGAGGGUUGGCGGGUAUGCUGCUCGGGACCGGAAGCGGUGGGAGGAAGAGCAGGCGGCAGCGGCGGCGGCGGCGGCUGCGAAGAGGUGA